AGCAGCGCACCGAUCUGACAAAAUUAGUUCUUCAGUGACUUUCGUGCAGUGUGUUAAUAUAAAAAGAAAAAGAUUGAAAAAUGACAGGUCGUGGUAAAGGUGGCAAGGGCUUGGGAAAAGGUGGCGCCAAGCGUCAUCGCAAAGUCUUGCGUGAUAACAUCCAGGGUAUUACAAAGCCAGCUAUUCGCCGUUUGGCUCGUCGUGGCGGUGUGAAGCGCAUCUCUGGUCUUAUCUACGAGGAAACUCGUGGAGUCCUGAAAGUGUUCUUGGAGAACGUUAUUCGUGACGCCGUCACCUACACCGAACACGCCAAAAGGAAGACAGUGACGGCCAUGGAUGUUGUUUAUGCUCUGAAGAGACAGGGACGCACUCUAUACGGCUUCGGCGUAACUAUGCCGCCGAAAACCAGUGGAAAGGCAGCCAAGAAGGCUGGCAAAGCUCAGAAAAAUAUAACCAAGAAUGAUAAGAAGAAGAAGCGCAAGAGGAAGGAAAGCUAUGCUAUUUACAUCUACAAGGUUCUGAAGCAGGUUCACCCUGACACUGGAAUUUCGUCUAAAGCUAUGAGUAUAAUGAACAGCUUCGUAAACGAUAUCUUUGAGCGUAUUGCUGCUGAGGCUUCGCGUCUGGCUCAUUACAACAAGCGCUCGACCAUCACCAGUCGGGAAAUCCAAACGGCUGUUCGUCUUCUCCUGCCUGGAGAGUUGGCCAAGCAUGCCGUUAGUGAAGGAACCAAGGCUGUCACUAAUGGAAAGGCAGCCAAGAAGGCUGGCAAAGCUCAGAAAAAUAUAACCAAGAAUGAUAAGAAGAAGAAGCGCAAGAGGAAGGAAAGCUAUGCUAUUUACAUCUACAAGGUUCUGAAGCAGGUUCACCCUGACACUGGAAUUUCGUCUAAAGCUAUGAGUAUAAUGAACAGCUUCGUAAACGAUAUCUUUGAGCGUAUUGCUGCUGAGGCUUCGCGUCUGGCUCAUUACAACAAGCGCUCGACCAUCACCAGUCGGGAAAUCCAAACGGCUGUUCGUCUUCUCCUGCCUGGAGAGUUGGCCAAGCAUGCCAAAAUGACAGGUCGUGGUAAAGGUGGCAAGGGCUUGGGAAAAGGUGGCGCCAAGCGUCAUCGCAAAGUCUUGCGUGAUAACAUCCAGGGUAUUACAAAGCCAGCUAUUCGCCGUUUGGCUCGUCGUGGCGGUGUGAAGCGCAUCUCUGGUCUUAUCUACGAGGAAACUCGUGGAGUCCUGAAAGUGUUCUUGGAGAACGUUAUUCGUGACGCCGUCACCUACACCGAACACGCCAAAAGGAAGACAGUGACGGCCAUGGAUGUUGUUUAUGCUCUGAAGAGACAGGGACGCACUCUAUACGGCUUCGGCGGUUAAAAUUAUUUUUGUACAGCCUGUACUUCAACUAUACAAUCGGUCCUUUUCAGGA